AUGGGUAACAUGGAGUAUGAAUGCCCGCACCGAGUAGCCAUUCCUCCAUCAAAACCGCUAGCCAAGUCCUUGGAGACGUCUCUGAAAGAGACUUUCUUCCCCGACGACCCUUUCCGGCAGUUCAAGAACCAGCCUCUGUCGAGGAAGUUUGUGCUAGCGCUGCAAUACUUCGUGCCAAUCCUCGAAUGGGCGCCCCGCUACACUUUUGACUUCUUCAAAUCCGACUUUAUUGCUGGAAUCACUAUUGCCAGUCUCGCAGUCCCUCAAGGGAUCAGCUACGCAAAUCUCGCCAACUUGCCACCCAUUAUCGGAUUAUAUUCAAGCUUUGUGCCACCGUUGGUGUAUGCCAUGCUGGGGAGCUCUAAAGAUUUGGCAGUGGGUACUGUGGCUGUUGUGUCGCUUCUCAUAUCUUCUAUGCUUGGGAAGGAAGUUAACCCUAAUCAGAACCCUACACUUUAUCUUCAGUUGGCUCUCACGUCUACCUUCUUCGCCGGAGUCUUUCAAGCUUCCCUCGGUUUGUUAAGACUUGGAUUUAUCGUGGACUUUCUUUCACAUGCGACAAUAGUGGGUUUCAUGGGUGGAGCAGCCACCGUUGUUUGUCUUCAGCAGCUUAAGGGGAUCCUUGGGCUUGUUCAUUUCACUCACGAGACUGAUCUUGUGUCUGUCAUGCGCUCUAUAUUUACCCAAAUUCACCAGUGGAGAUGGGAAAGUGGAGUCUUAGGGUGUUGUUUCCUUUUCUUCCUCCUCCUCACAAGAUACUUUAGCAAGAAAAAGACGGUCUUUUUUUGGAUAAAUGCGAUGGCGCCUCUGACUUCUCUUAUUUUGGGAAGCCUCCUCGUUUUUCUGACCCACGCUGAAAAACAUGGCGUUCAAGUGAUUGGGCAACUGAAGAAAGGCUUAAAUCCACUUUCCGUAUCUGAGUUGGCUUUUGGGUCGCCGUUUCUGAUGGCAGCCAUUAAAACGGGGAUCAUUACUGGUGUCAUAGGCCUCGCUGAAGGAGUAGCAGUGGGGAGAAGUUUCGCCAUAUUUAAAAACUACCACAUUGAUGGGAACAAAGAGAUGAUCGCUUUUGGGUUGAUGAAUAUUGCUGGCUCUUGCACUUCAUGCUACUUGACAGCAGGACCAUUUUCUUUGAGGAGAAAUUUUGUGAAGCUUACCAAUAGAAAAACUUUGAGCCGAACCAAGACCACAAAGGCAACCAUGACCUACCGGAGUUCAAGCAGCAGACCCAUGAAGCGCGAGAUAUUCACAUAG